UCAUCAUCGUCAAAUGGGAGGAGCGCACGCGGAGCUCAAGCACCUCAGGGCCGCAUCUCUCUGCAGAUGAAGCAUGACCGGCGACAGCGAGACAAAGCCAGGUGACCAAGCCAGAAAUGAGAGCUAUAAACGGCAGCCCUUUCUUAUCGGCGUGGCUGGGGGGACAGCCAGCGGCAAGUCGUCUGUGUGCAGCAAGAUCAUGGAGCUGCUGGGGCAGAAUGAGAUCGACCACCACCAGCGGCAAGUGGCCAUCCUCAGCCAGGACAGCUUCUACAGGGUCCUCACCCCCGAGCAAAAGGCCAAGGCCCUCAAGGGCCAGUUCAACUUCGACCACCCAGAUGCAUUUGACAACGACCUCAUAAUCACAACUUUGUGGCACAUUAAGGAGGGGAAAACGGUGCACAUCCCUGUGUAUGACUUUGUGUCCCAUUCCAGGAAGGAGGAGGCAGUGACUGUGUACCCUGCUGAUGUGGUGCUGUUCGAGGGCAUCCUGAUGUUUUAUUCUCAGGAGAUCCGAGACCUUUUCCAAAUGAAGCUCUUUGUAGACACAGACGCAGAUACACGUCUAUCAAGAAGAGUGCUGCGUGAUAUAAGUGAACGUGGACGGGACCUGGAAAGUGUUCUUGCACAGUACAUCACUUUUGUCAAGCCUGCAUUUGAGGAGUUCUGUCUGCCAACAAAGAAAUAUGCUGAUGUUAUCAUACCAAGAGGAGUUGACAACCUUGUUGCCAUAAAUCUCAUAGUCCAACACAUCCAGGAUAUUCUAAACGGAGGUCUGACCAAACGGCUGAACGGGUGGUUCAACAGUUACGGAACAACAAAGAAGCCGCAAAACAUGGAGUCCAGCAGCCGGCCCCACUGAGCUCAGGUUCUGAAGGAGGGCUCAUCUAUACGUGUGAAGAGUUCUUCACCGAGUUGGGGGUUCUUGCUAAGAAGUGAAAAGACCAUCUUUUGACAUGGUUGUGUUUGGACGGAGGUAAUGAACAUGAAGGGAAUCUGUUCGCUUGUGGAGCCGGUUUAAAACAGUCGUAUUCAGUUUGAUUUUUCUCUCUACAUUGUGAAUGAGAUUAAAGGGAGAGAAAAACUAAGGGGCUAACUUGUUAUUUGAUUUAAACUACUGCUUGCCUUUACCACAGCUCUGCACCUGUACUGUAAAGUAGUUUGGAAGACAUGUGAUCACUUGACAGCCUUUAACGGUACAAUAAAAGCUUAGAAGCAGCGCGCUGUUUGAUGACAGGGCAUUACCUCACUACUGUUAGAACGCGCACUGUGCAACAACCUCACUGGUUUCCUUCAGCAAUGCAACAUGACGUCUUUUUUUUUUUUUCAAGCUCUAUUAAAAAUCCUGUUAUGACUCAUUGAUAUGGACUUUAAAGUAAUGUUUCAUGGCUUGAGAUACAUGUAUUUGUGCCAUGCUGCUCUCGCUUUGUCACGUGUCACUCAAUAAAAGACCAAUGAGUCAAAUUAAACAACCGAUUCCAACCUCAAAUCAUGUGAUGUAUGACAUCACCAAAGAGUUAACAGUAUUGUCUGUGGACAAAUUGUCUUUAAAGUUAGAAUUUAUUUUUAUUUCUUGUGAAUCAGACGUUACUGUGAGAUGUUGGUAGCAUAAAGAGCAUUAAUUUGUGUUUUGAAUUCACCCAAGUUUUUUGUUUUUCUUUAGAAUCCCGCAGACUUGAAUCGUCAUAUUCACAAAUGUAUGCAAGUUUCAUUUCAAAGAAGUAAAACUUCACACUGACACUGGUGGUAAUAAAUGCAUUGAGCUGUAACAUGUCAUCACGUCUGAGAUACACCAUAUCCAUGUGUUCUUUAAAUGUUGUUCAGUGGACUUUUCUUCCUGUAAAACGUUUUCUUAUGAUAAAAGUUCUCAGGUACGAUUUGAA